AACAAUUGGAUUUCCCUAAUAAUACGGCCAAAAAUAUUAGUAUUGAGAAGCAUCAUGAAGACACUCAAGAUUAUUCUAAAAAUAAGAUACACCCAAAGAAUAAUACAGCCAAUGAUUUAAACGAAUCUAAUUCAAAUAAUGAAUUUGCAGUCUUAAAUGAGG